AUGAAGAGCAAGAUCUCCGUUCAGAAUCCAUGGGAUGAAUAUCCACCACCAAGUGACAUAAACGGCCCUGCAUCGCGACCAGUCCAUACGACAACUGUCCACAUCAUCGAGCCACAUCAGAAUCCAGAAAUAAAACCUCCAACACCGCAACAGGCCAUGCCGAUGACUAUGAGGAGAGAAGCUCCCACUCCUUUCGAUCUGCUGUGGUUGUUCGGACGUAACUUCCUCGAAAUGUUUGAAGGCCAAUCAGGUUCUCUACGAGAACGAGAAGCUGCAUCCGCAGGCACACGACAUAGCGCUAGACACGAGGUUUUCCGCAAAGGACGCCAAUGUGUCGGGCAUCGACAUGUAUGA